GAUUCUGAAAGCGAAAGGGUUUUUUUUUUGGCGGGGAGGAGACACACUUUCCAAAGGAAAACUCGCACCGAUCGAGAAGCUCGAGGGAAGAGGUCAAAAAUCCAAGAGGUGAACUGAUGAGGUCUUGGCGAUUUACACCCACAUCACACUCCCCCCCCCCCCACACACACACACACACACAUCCCUCCUCCAUUCCCAUCAAAGACAGCUCUCCAAAAACAAACCAGCGGUACGCAGUUUACACUCGAGAUCCUAAAGACAGACCCCCCCCCAAAUUUGGAUGAAUUUACGCAGAGAAAAGGAUAAAGAGAAAGAGCUGGAGUUUCGGACUUGGUUACAGUGUUCCGGAAUGACUGCAGAUCAUCCUAAGGCUGAAAGAACAGGUCACUAUCAAGUUAUCUUCAAAGAGGGGACUGAGGUGGGCGUUUGGACUGUGUGUUGCACUGUUGGUGAAUUCACCAUUCUGAAUUUAUCUCUCGGGAAUAGGUAAACAUUUUGCAGUCUUGGUGAGUUCACCAAUCUGAACUGAUCCUCCAGGAGAGGGGUGGAAGUUUGGACUGUGCACUCUAUGUGAAUUUACUAAUUUAAACCGAUCCUCCAGGAGAGGGGUGGAAGUUUGGACUGUGCAGUCUUGGUGAGUUCAUUAGUCUGAAUUGAUCCUGCAGGAGAGGGGUGGAAGUUGGGGCUGUGUGCCGCACUCUGGCGGUUUCAGCUCUUGCCCCAGUUGGUGAAGGGUGAAGGGCUGGGAAAUGUUGAUCUGGGACAUUGCUGUCUGGUUAUUGCUGGUCGCUUUGCUGCUCGGACUGUACUUCACCGUCACUUCAGCGACUCGGGAGGCAGGCGAGGAGGACAGCGUGCCGCAGCUGAUCUGCAAGCCUUCAGCUCUGGCCAGCUACCUGACACGGAACUGUAAGAGCUUCUGGCUGUUCCCGCGGGCGGGCUGGCCGCACUUGCAGAGCGUCUGCAGCGGCGUGUGGCCGGGAGCCGGGAGCCUGCACUUGGUGCGGGAGCACCUUCAGAUGUCGGACGGGGGUGUGAUCGCUCUGGACUGGGCUGUCCGCGGUGGUGGGGUGGGGGUGCUGGGAGACCGGGGCUCCCCCUCCCCGCUGCCUGUCCUGCUGCUGAUCCCCAACAGCCUGGGGGCGGUGAGCGGUCACUGCCGCCGCCUGCUGCGGCUCGCCCUCCGCCGGGGCUACCGGCCCCUGCUCUUCAACCGGCGCCUCCACAACGGGGUGCCGCUCACCAGCCGCCGCCUGCUGCCCCUCGGGGACCCCUCGGACCUGCGGGAGGCCGUCAGCUACAUCCGCUACAAGCACCCGCUCGCCCCUCUCUUCGCCGCCAGCGAGAGCAGCGGCUCGGCCUUGCUGCUGUCCUACCUGGGCGAGUGCGGCUCCUCCAGCCACAUCACGGCGGCCGCCUUCAUCUCCCCCAUCCUCCGGUGCCAGCAGUGGCUGGAGAGUGGGCCGAACGGCCUCUACCGCUGGUUCAUGUUGUGCUACCAGAAAACCAGCCUGAGCAGAUACGCCACUGUUCUUGGAGAAAUGAUAGAUACAGAGAAGUUAUUCAGAAGCUGCACUCUGAGAGAAUUGGAGGAAGCAUUGUUUUGUCAGUCAAAGCUCAGUAGUUUGAGCUGGGCUUCCUAUUGGGAGAAAAAUGAUCCAUUAAGGGAUGUGGAUGAGGUUGCAGUUCCUCUUCUGUGCAUCUGCAGCAAAGAUGACCCAUGCAGAGGCAAUCCAGAGGUUACAUUGCCUUUUGAGUUAUUUGAAACCAACCCCUAUUUCUUCCUUUUGUUGACCAAGCAUGGAGGACAUUGUGGCUUUUUAACUAGCAGCUGUUCCUCGUGGAGUCAUGAAGCUGUAUUGGAAUACUUUAAAUCAGUCAGUGACUUUUUUAGGACUGAAGAAAGGACAAAGCGUGUUUACAGAAGAAAAAUGUCAAUGGCAUCCCACAAAAGGAGGGGAGCUACUACUCACAAAAAAGAAUCUGUUUGUUCUCAUAAUAUUCGUGAGAUUUUUAAGUGGCAACGAUCAUAUACAAGAUGAAAGAAAUUGUCUCUUUGAUUAUCAAUCCUUAAAUAUACAGCAAAUGACUAAGCAUAGAA